AUGCAGCCGACGUCGAUACCCUCGGCGAAGGGCGUGGCCCAGGUCGUCGCCCUUGCGCCGCUCAAGCCUGACCUCUGCGAGCGUGCCUGGCAAACGACCCCGCACCCGACGCUCCCCCUCGUUGCUACCGUCCAUGGCAAAGGCGUAACAGUCUUCUCGCUCGCGACGCUCUUCUCUCACAGCAGCCUCACCGGCGGGCACACACGAUCCGUCCGCUCCGCGGCCUGGAAGCCCAACCUACCGCCUCAUAAGCUCUGCCUAGUCUCCGGUAGCUUCGAUGCCACGGCAGGCGUCUGGCGCUGGGACGGCGACCAAGCAGGUGGUGACGGCGAAGCGGCGCUCGAGCGGGAAGUUACCUCUGCCAACGUCCGGGACAACAACGACAACGAUGACGACGACUCCAACGAUGGCGAAGAUAAGGAAUGGGAAUUCACACUCGUCCUCGAGGGCCACGACUCGGAGAUCAAGUCGUGCGCCUUCUCGCCGUCCGGCGCGCAUCUGGCCACGUGCUCGCGUGACAAGUCCGUCUGGAUCUGGGAGGACAUUGGCGCUUCGGAGGAGGACGACGAGUGGGAGACCAUUGCUGUGCUCAACGAGCACGAGGGCGAUGUCAAGGCCGUAGCAUGGUGCCCCGACGUGCCCGGCCGCAACGCCCGCCGGCGGUACAGCCCAGACGUGCUGGCCAGCGCCAGCUACGACAACACGGUACGCAUCUGGCGCGAAGACAGCGACGGCGAGUGGGUGUGCGUCGCUGUGCUCGAGGGCCACGAGCAGACCGUCUGGGGCAUUGAGUGGGAGUCGCGCCCGCGCGCCGGCGACAAGUUCCCGCGCCUACUAUCGUAUUCGGCCGACGCCACCAUGCGCAUCUGGACGCUCAAGGAAGACGAGGAAGGCGAUGACGGCGAGCAGGGCGGUCGGAGUGCUCUGGGUGGUAUCCCCAACACGAUGCGCAAGUCGCUUCGUGAGGAGUGGGUGUGCACCGCGAUCCUGCCGGCCGCGCACCACCGCGACAUUUACGGCGCUGCGUGGAGCGCGCAGACGGGCGUUGUGGCCAGCACAGGCAGCGACGGCAAGAUUGUGCUGUAUAGAGAAGGUCUCGAGGAAGAGACAGCGACGACAGAAUCUAGCUCCGAUCAGCCCAUGACGGACGCCGGUGAGGGAGAGCCGCUAGCUGUGCAGCAGCCGGCGGCAUCGCCUCCGGGCUCUGCGAGAUGGAAAGUCAUUGGCACAAAAGAGAACGCGCAUGGGCCGUAUGAAGUCAAUCAUAUUACAUGGUGCAAGCGCUACGACAGCGGAGCGAGUGCUCGGGGCGAGGAGGAAAUGUUAAUUACAACAGGUGACAAUGGCAUCGUGCAACCGUGGGGGGUAAUUCUGGACAAGGAGUAA